GCUUGACAGAGAAACACCAUCUGUGCCUACUUCUGAAGACCAGAGCCCUUGACUCUGCUUCCAGACUGCUCCUUGCUACAGUCAUUGGGGAGGGUUGAGGACCCGCCGCUGCUCAGCUUUCAGCACCUCCUGGGCGGACGACGCCCCGGUGUGGAGGUGUUCCUGAACCCCUGUCUCUGCGCUUUCCUGCAGCUAGCUCCUCGCAUCUCAUCCACCCGGAGUCCCUGAAUCUACCUUCCCCUUCAGCACCAGGAGAAGGGACAGAGCCUUAGCGCUGGGGAAUCUCCAGAGCCCCUGUCUCCCAGCUCUCCAUUCGGCAGCAACAGGGAGGACAAUCUCUGUCUUCACUCCAAGCUCAUGUCUUGACCCUUUUUCACUCGGCACUAGAGGGGAGGACAGCAAACCAUUUUCUGCUCUCGGGGUAUCCCCAGCCCCUGUUUCCAACCCCCACCCCCAAGUUCUUCUUUCCGUGCUAUCCUUCAGCACCAUCUGGGCAAGGACAGCUCCUGGGUGUCAGCCCCACCUUGAGUCCCUGUUUCUACCUUCUCCCGCCUCAGCACCUCCGGCGCGGACAGCUGCUCGCUGUCGCCUCCACCCCCGGUCCUGGCCCGACCCGGGCGGGCGCAGAUACUCCUCGUUCUCGGGGCUCCCGUGCCCUGCUCUCUCUGCUCCCUGCUCUCCCUGCCGCCUUCUUCUGGCGCAUGGAGACCCCAGGGGUCCAAGAAGGGGAGGAGGCAUCCAGCGAGCUGAGGCGCGUUCGCAGCCGCCAAGGCAUAGCCAGACCCCCGAAGCACUUGUGGCGUCAGCCCCGGCGCCCCAUCCGCAUCCAGCAGCGCUUCUACUCGGACCCGGACAAGUCCGCGGGCCGCAGUGAGCGGGACCGGAGCCCGCGGCCCGGGCUCGAGAAGUCGCUGCGCUCCUGGCCCACCUCCUUCUACAGGCGCUUUGAUCUGGAAAAUGGACUGUCGUGCGGGAGAAGCACCCUGGACCCUCAGGCCGGGCCUGGCCUUGGCCGGGUCAUCCAGGCCCCUGCUCAGCACGGCCAGAGGCGAGAGUCCUUCCUGUACCGUUCCGACAGCGACUACGACCUCUCACCCAAGGCCAUGUCUCGGAACUCCUCUGUGGCUAGUGAUCUACACGGAGAAGACAUGAUUGUGACGCCUUUUGCCCAGGUCCUUGCAAGUCUGAGAACGGUUCGGAGCAACGUCGCAGCCCUAGCCCACCUGCAAGGCCGCGGGGCAGCCACGCAGGCGUCGGUCGAAAACCCCCUAAUUGGCAGUCAGCCCCCUCCACUUACAGAGGACACUGGGCAGAAGCUGGCUCUGGAGACACUGGACGAGCUGGACUGGUGUCUGGAUCAGCUGGAGACACUGCAGACGCGGCACUCAGUGGGGGAAAUGGCCUCCAACAAGUUCAAGCGGAUGCUGAACCGGGAAUUAACUCACCUGUCUGAAACCAGCCGCUCUGGGAACCAGGUGUCCGAGUACAUCUCCCGAACCUUCCUGGACCAGCAGACUGAGAUGGAGUUGCCCAGGGUGACCCCCACGGAGACCCCAAGGCCCAUGUCCCAGAUCAGCGGCCUGCGUGGGCUCCCCCACAGUGCCGGCCUCUCUGCAGCCACCGUCCCACGCUUUGGGGUCCAGACUGACCAGGAGGGGCAGCUGGCCAAGGAACUGGAAGAUACCAACAAGUGGGGGCUCGACGUGUUCAAGGUGGCAGAGCUAAGCGGGAACCGGCCCCUUACAACCAUCAUGUUCAACAUCUUUCAGGAACGAGACCUGCUCAAGACAUUUCAGAUCCCAGCAGACACACUCGUCACCUACCUUCUGACGUUGGAAAGUCACUACCAUGCCGAUGUGGCCUACCACAACAGCCUACACGCCGCCGACGUGGCUCAGUCCACGCACGUGCUGCUGGCCACACCUGCCCUUGAGGCCGUUUUCACAGACCUGGAAGUCCUGGCUGCUAUCUUCGCCAGCGCCAUCCACGACGUGGACCAUCCUGGGGUCUCCAACCAGUUCCUCGUUAACACCAACUCAGAGCUUGCGCUCAUGUACAACGAUGCCUCCGUGCUGGAGAACCACCACCUGGCCGUGGGCUUCAAGCUGCUGCAGGCAGAGAACUGUGACAUCUUCCAGAACCUCAGUGCCAAGCAGCGGCUGAGUCUGCGCAGGAUGGUCAUCGACAUGGUGCUGGCCACGGACAUGUCCAAACACAUGAACCUCCUGGCCGACCUCAAGACCAUGGUGGAGACCAAGAAGGUGACAAGCCUUGGAGUCCUGCUGUUGGACAACUAUUCUGACCGCAUCCAGGUCUUGCAGAACCUGGUACACUGUGCUGACCUCAGCAACCCCACCAAGCCGCUGGAGCUGUACCGCCGGUGGACCGACCGCAUCAUGGCCGAGUUCUUCCAGCAGGGCGACCGGGAGCGUGAAUCAGGCCUGGAUAUCAGCCCCAUGUGUGACAAGCACACCGCCUCGGUGGAGAAGUCCCAGGUGGGUUUCAUUGAUUACAUUGCACACCCGCUGUGGGAGACGUGGGCUGAUCUCGUGCACCCAGACGCACAGGACCUGCUGGAUACAUUGGAGGACAACCGUGAGUGGUACCAGAGCAAGAUCCCCCGCAGUCCUGUGGAUCUCACCCGCCCCGAGCAGGGUGGCCCCGACAGAUUCCAGUUUGAGCUGACUCUGGAGGAGGCAGAAGAGGAGGAGGAGGAGGAGGAGGAGGGACCAACAUUGGACACGGAGGUCCGGGAGUCACCCGACACUGAGCUGCUGGUCCCUGAGGCCAGCCCAGACCCUGGGGCCCUACCCCUGGACAACCAGAGGCCUGUGGGCAAGCCCUGCGUGGACCAUGAGGCCAGUGUGAUGGCUGAGCCCUUCGGGACCUAAUGGCUCCUGAUUGGGUGGGUGGGCCUUCCAGGAAGAGGUCCGAGGUGGCCCCUGCCUUGCCUCUGUCCCCCGUCCCCACCACCCCUACCACUGAGGGAGAAGACCAAGCUUUUAGUUCUAGGCAGGCCUCACGGUCAAAGCGAAGGCAGCUGGCCGGGGGCCAGUCUGAACCUGGAUUUGCUGAGAGAGCUCUCCAAGGGGCUGGGCUGGAGGCAGCCUCUCCCAGCACCCUUGGGAUCUCUCCCUCCUGGGCUUCCACCCCCGGUGUGGAAAGAGGGUGUCUUGCCAGGCCCCUCGUCCACCUUCUCCAGCGGCCACUCUUGAGGGACAUCCAUCACUUGGUUGGUUCACCCUUUAUCACAUGUUUAUUGGGCACCUGCUGUGUGCCGGGCUGGGCCCGCUGCGUGUAGCCCUGCACGAGGGGGUGGGGAGGCAGCCCCCAGGCGAUGCACCCCCACCUCAGGCGCCUCGCCUUCAUCUGCCAGGCAGCUCCACGCAAGAGAUUGGAAACUCGAACGGGAGAAUUUUCAGCACCAAAGCUUUGUCCCAGACCCGAUUCUGGCUCAGGAGCUCCGGUCGGGACCAAUACGGAGCAGGAAAGAGGGCUCGGUGCCGGGAACUGUCUCUGAAGACUGACUUAGCUUACGACCGCCUGCGCACUCACUGGUUGUUGCUUUAAGUGGCUGUAGUUUCUGUCCUCGGGCCUGUGGGUUCUGUUCUCCCUAGCCCCAGGACCCCUGCCGCCCCCCUUUUCUCCCUCUUACAGAACAGCAACAAAGCACAGAAUCCGCCCCCUCCCCCAACGGCAAAUCUCUACACUUCCUGUUUCUGAGGCUCCCCCAGACUCCCUAUAGGGGGAAGGGGGCCUCUGACGCUUUCUUUCCGGGCACAGCCCGUUCUGGGCCUCAGUUUCCCCUCCAUGGCCUGAUCCUAGUACUUGGGUAAACUUUGGCUGGAGGGUGGUGUCCGUGACCUCUCCGAAAUAUCUUAGAAACGUGGGGCACUGAACGUGUCUCUGGGGUUAAAUAAACCUAUCACCCAAAAUUAAUGCCGCGCCCAUCUCAGGGAUGGGGAGACGCGGUUGCAAAGAGGGCCGUUUUGCCUGCUGGGCCGCGCAGUUGGGAGCUGGACAGUAGCCAGCGGCGCCCCCUGGCGGACGGAGGCACGGAAGGGAGGCGGGGCGAAUUCGGGGAUUCUCCUCGCCUUACCCGCCGUUUCUCGGCUCCCCGCGACGUCGAGCUCAUGCUGAAGGGGCCUGCUCUGUGCUCCAGGAUCAGGUUCGAUUCCCGCCUCCAGAAGCCUCAGUACCUCCCCGCCCCGCCCCUCGUCGCCUCCCUGAAGAAUCAUACAUGACACAAGUCAUCAAGCAGCCCCUGGCUUCAAGGACAGCUGGCUUCAUUCCUAAAUAAUUCCCUUGAUGAUUCCAUCCCACUGAUAAGAUUCAUCCUCAUCACAAGUAAUGAUCGAAUUCCACAGAGGGAGAAUUAAAAUUCAUCUGGGUCACGAACUUGGUGCGUUUCCUUCCAGACUUUUAAAAGGCAGAAAUUUAGGGGCUCCUGGCUGGCUCAGUGGGUUAAGCGUCCAACUUCGGCUCAGGUCAUGAUCUCAAGGUUGGUGAGUUCGAGCCCCGCAUCGGGCUCUGUGCUGACAGCUCGCAGCCUGGAGCCUGCUUCGGAUUCUGUGUCUCCCUCCCUCUCUCUCUCUCUCUCUCUGCCCCUCUUCUGCUCGUUCUCCGUCUUUCAAAAAUGAAUACACAUUAGAAAAAAUUAAAAAAAUAAAUAAAAGGCAGAGAUUUAGGGGAUUUGUAUUUAUAAUUAUUUCUCCCUCCCCCCCCCUUUACUUACAAGUAAUAUGUGUUUACUGUAGAGAAUUUGGAAAUAAUGGAAACAUAAAAAAAAGAGAAUAAAAUUCUGCUAUAACCUUCCUGUA